AUGCCUUCCUAUCUCCGCUCCAACCCUCGCGCCUACUCCUUCCCUCCAUGGGUCGAGACGUCCGACGACGACUCCAGCCAUCUGCCCGACAUCGACGAGGACCCCUUUGCCCACUUCAUCACCCCCAUCACCGACGCCGAGGAUCCCUACGAGCUGUCUCUGAGCGCCGGCAUCGACGCCGACGAGGGACCACGCACCGCAAAGACGACCAAGUUCAGGUCCAACGUCGCCGGCAGGUGGGCUCGCUAUGUCAAGCAGAACCACGCCCCACUCCACAACGUCUAUCACGUGCCAACCAUCUACGAGGAGGACGAAGAGUCCUUCAUGGGGCUUGAUGACGAACGCUUAAACGACACACCCCACGUGGUGUCUCAGCUUAGCCCAUCAAAGAUCAGCAUUGCUGAACCAAGUCGAGGACGUGCCCAGGACCUUGCUGCCCGCAAGCAACAGAAUCGUCGCCGCUACUCACGUACACUAUCCGGCCAUCGCCAUUCUUGGCGAGAACCCAGCCCGGAUCUCUUCACUGUAGACGAGUCAGAAGAGGACGAGGGCCCUGUGCUCCGUCGACCAAAAACCAGAAAAGCAAAGGAUGGUGCCGAACGCCGGAGGUCAUCGACAAGGUCAAAGUCAAGAGCAAGGGCAGACUCAGUGACAGACGUGUCGAGGUAA